AUUCCUUCUCCCCGGCCCUUCUUCAUCCCUCGACAUCAUCUUUCUCCCAUCUCAUGAUACCUUUCCGACUUCAAUCAUUCAUAAAGCAAAGACUUUCCCCAUCAGCAUCAAGAUCUCGUGAAUUUCAUAGACCAUUUCACUCCACCAUGCCGCUCGUCGUCCCGGGAUUAACCAACGCUUCGGCAAACGACACGGAUAAUAAGCAAGAAUGGCUCAACAAGCUGGCGGGGAAGAAAAUCAGCGACUCGACGAGUGAUGUGAACACGUUCGCGAAGAAGGAUUUACCCCAGUCGCAUCGGAUUAUCAAGCCAGGUGACGCUAUGACAAUGGACUAUAGACAAGAUCGAUUAAAUAUCCAUCUAGGCGAAGAUGAUAUUGUGCAUGAUGUCAAUUUCGGUUAAUAUGGCUGGCUUAAACGAUGGAUUAAAGGCCAUAUGAAGGGUCGUGAGCGUUUAGAUAUGGUGGAUGUACGAAUUGCUCGGGGUCAUGUAUUGUUUCUUUUUUUAAUGCGUCUAAUCCAAUUCUAGUAAAAGCAAUAU